AUGAUUUCCCUCGAACUCAGCACCCCCGUUACUGGCAAGUAUAUGCAGCCCACUGGAUUGUUUAUCAAUAAUGAGUGGGUAGAAGGUAUUGAUGGCAAGAAGUUUGAGACAAUAAAUCCCACAACUGAAGAGGUCAUCUGUUCAGUUUCCGAAGCUACCGAAGCGGAUGUUGAUGUUGCUGUAGCUGCUGCACGAAAAGCCUUUCAGGAGGUAUGGAGGCAAGAGACGCCAGAAAAUCGUGGAAAGUACCUUGUCAAUUUUGCCAACUUAAUCGAAAAAAAUUCCGAACUACUAGCCGCAGUUGAGUCUCUUGAUAACGGGAAGUCUUUCAGUAUGGCCAAGGGCGAUCUUCAAAUUGUUACUGGAACCUUGAGAUACUACGGUGGCUGGGCAGAUAAAAUUGACGGCAAGGUAAUAGACGUCAAUACCGAUACUUUUUCUUAUACAAAACAUGAACCUAUUGGUGUUUGUGGUCAAAUUAUUCCGUGGAAUUUUCCUUUGAUAAUGUUGGCAAUGAAAAUUGGUCCUGCCGUCGCUACAGGUAACACCAUUGUCCUCAAAACCUCAGAAUUAACCCCACUAUCUGCACUCAUCGUUGCCAGCUAUAUUGAGGAGGCUGGCUUUCCCCCUGGCGUUAUUAAUAUCAUUUCUGGAUUCGGGAAAACUGCUGGCGCAGCUAUUUCUACACAUAAAGACAUUGAUAAGGUUGCUUUCACAGGCUCUACCGCUGUCGGUCGAGAAAUUCUUAAGGCUUCUGCAUCUUCAAAUCUGAAGAAAGUAUCCCUCGAGCUUGGUGGAAAAUCUCCAAAUAUUGUCUUCAACGAUGCUGAUAUAGACAACGCUAUCUCUUGGAUAAACUACGGCAUAUUUUUUAAUCAUGGGCAAUGCUGCUGCGCAGGCUCAAGGGUCUACGUUCAGUCUAAGAUCUAUAAAAAUUUUGUGACUCGAUUCAAAGAACGUGCUCUCGCAAAUAAGAUUGGCGACCCAUUUGCACCAGAUACCUUUCAAGGACCACAGGUCUCUCAAAAUCAAUAUGAUCGUAUCAUGGGUUACAUUGAAGAAGGUAAAAAGGCUGGGGCUACCAUUAUAGUCGGUGGUGAGCGUUAUGGAAACAAAGGCUACUUUAUCAAACCCACCAUAUUCACUGAUGUGACCGAAGACAUGAAAAUUAUGAAUGAAGAGAUAUUUGGUCCAGUCUGCGCCAUAACCAUGUUUGAAACCGAAGAAGAGGUAAUUAAAGCUAGUAAUAAUAGUGUCUACGGGCUUGCGGCUGGUCUGCACACCCAGAAUCUCAAGACUGCCAUCCGUGUCUCUAAUGCACUACGUGCAGGGACUGUCUGGGUUAAUCAAUACAACUUUUUACACUGGCAAGUUCCGUUUGGAGGAUACAAAGAAUCUGGUAUGGGGAGAGAGUUUGGCGAGGCAGCUUUGUCCAAUUACACUGAAACCAAAUCAGUAUCUAUUCGUUUAGUUAAUAGUCCAUUUGGUUAG